CCCAAAGACCUUCCUGACUCAGGAAAGUGAAUAGAAAUUAUUAUACUGUACAAAUCGGCACCCCCCCUCCCAAAUUUAAAGAGAAUGUGAAAGGUUAUUAGGGGCUAUAGGAGAGGGACCAAGGAAAAAUGCAGAGAGACAGUGAAAGGAGAGAAUAAGGGAAAAUCGGGCUAGAAACAAGAUAAAGUAAAUAAUGAAGGAGAAUUAUUGUAUUACUGUAUGAAAUAGAACAGAGAAUGUGAGGAGUUAUAAGGGGUUAUAGAAGGGUGACAGUGGAAGAAGGGAGAGCGACUGGGAGAGCAAAGAAAAUAGUGUGCACAAAGUAGAAUUCGUAUACAAGUGCAUAUUAUUAUUCUUCAUUAAUAGGCCUCCCUGCUCUGCAGGAAGUGCACCCCUAGUAAAUAUAUCAGACAAGGCAUUGUAUAGCUCAUCGCUUUCACUUUUUUCAAAGUUCCGGCUGCUUGUGUGAAGUUCUAGGGAGCAGGAAAGGGAUGUAUUUCCAGAUAGUGUUCGUAAAGAGGAGCUGACACAUCAAGACAUUUAGACACCAAUCUACCACUUGCUACAUGACGAUAUACAGCAAUAUCCCAGAACACAGACUCAUUCAACACGAGAUAUCACAGACAUGCUGAAGGAUAGGGGCUGCACUAUACUGGGGAAACUCUGCAAAACCAACUGCCCUGGUUAUUCUGGAUACAGCUUGGAUUGUUCAGGAGAUCUUGAAGGAGUUUUAGUCCGACAUCUAUUACUUUAGACACUUUUGAGUAUUCCAUUUAUUAAGGUAUAUAAGAAGAAUUUUCGGGAGAUCUUUCACAAAUAAUGGCUUUACGUUAGAGAAAUAUCAUCACGUCCUUUUUAGAAUAGGUUUAGAUAUUUCAGAUCAUUUUUAAAAAUAGUCAGAUAGGAUGUUUGUUGACAAAGACGAAGGUACAAGAAGAUUUCUAAUGUAAUUCUUGAUUUUAUACUUUUUUCUAGAUACCAACGCAGUGGAAACAGUCAUAUAGUUUUAUAUAUAUUUCUAGUUUUAUAUAUUCUCUUUUAUGUAUAUAUAUAUAUAAUUCUGUUUACUGAAAUGUAGACGUUAUAACAUAAUCGUAUUCCAGAGUUUAUAAAAAUAUUUGUGCAUUCUGACUAUAAGUUUGUGUCUGUAUGUUCCGAUUGGUAUUCAGAUAUUUAUAUGGUAUUCAGAUAUUUUAAUAAAUAUACUUUUAGUUACAAGGGUAUUUCUUGAAAAGCAUAGCUAUACGGAAAUGUUCACUAGGAUUCUAUGGUGUAAACCAGGAGAAUUGCAGAGUCUAAGAUUUGCUAAAAGAUGUCUGUCUGGAAUAUGAAAGAGGAGUCUCUAGAAUAACCAGCAGGUGCUUGGAGGGGUCUCCAGAAUAUCCAGAGAAGGUUGGGAACAUGAAAAGGUGUGCUCUGUGAUUAGUAAGGAGUAUCUAGAAAGGAAGGAGAGUCUCUGAAAGAGCAGAGGGGUGUCUACAACAGGAAAGGGGUGUCUCUCGGAUAACGUAGGGGAGUCUGGAAACGGGAAGGGGUGUCUCUGCAAUAACAGAAGGGUGUCAUUGUGUUCCAGGGGCGUGCUUUCCUAUUCCCACACGUUCCCUCUCCAGUGUCCUGUGUUCAGCAUGAGACUGGUCUAUGAAUCGAAGGGACUCUGGGCUCUCACAGUGAGUUUGUGGCUGAUUCUAGAUAUUUAUAGAUAUUGUUUGUGCAGCAGUGUAUGAGGACGUGUUUGAUUGUGUGUCUAUGUGCAUUUAUACCUGCGUGCUAGAGCUGCCACCUUGAACAAGUCUGCCUAUAAAUUGCACAACCUGGUGGGAGGUUCAUGAAAAAUGCUGUCCAUCUGUAUGCAGACUUCACAUGCUGCAAGGGGGAAGUUAUUCAUUAACCACAAAAAGUUUCUAUUGGAUACCUAAUUAAUUGAUUAAUUUCAAGCAGCAUGCACAUUCUGCACACAACAAGACAACAAUAUUCGUUGACCUCCAAAAAGUUUUGAAUUUAAACCUGUCAGUAAAUUAUGGCAAGGAUGGCAACUGUACACAGCAUACUGUGUGAGUAUGUGUUUAUUUUGCUUGACACACACAAAAACACACAGAUACAUUGUGUCUGUUCACUUGUCGUUGUCAGGUGUUCGAAAUCUGACCCCUGUGCAUUUCACCAUGUCCUCGUGGGUUCUGAUUGUUCUCAUAGCAGGAGUGAUCGCACCCAUGCCAGUUUCAAGCCAAAUCAGGUGAGGCCAUAACACUGUCUCCAUUGUCAACGUUAUGACAGCUUUGUAACGGUAGCAUCAUCGGACGGAUGUUAUAUCAGAUAUAUAAAGCAUGUAAUACAAUUGCAUCAGACUCAUAUGGUUAAGUUAAUGGUUAAGUUAGGAUUGUGUUAAAAAAAUGCAUGUUUGCAAAAUAUAAUAUCAAUAAUAUAACUUGCAUUAGAAUAUGAUUUAUUGAGAGAUUUCUUAUAAAAUUAUUGUGUGGUAUUUUUAAAAUAUUCUAAUAUUCAGCACCAUUUUAGAAAUGCAUUAAAUAUCAAUAUCUAGAUAUUCUUCCAAUGAAAAUAUGCAGCAAAUAUUGCGACCUAGUCUGCUUUAUUUGCAUGAUUAAUAUUGCACUAGAAGAGUCUUAUUAAGAUAAGAUGUUUAUUCAACAAAGUGAUGCAAACUGUAAUUAUACAUAUUAUUACAGUUUAGGACAUCAUCAGCAUGGGGGAGGGAGGAAUUAAAGAUUAUUGAGUGAGGGUAUUUGAAUCCUAUAGAUCUGAAUAGGGCAGGGCAAUACCUGGAUGGAUGUACAUACAUAGUCUUUUCUCAGACUACAAGUCCAAGAAUUCUGGACCAUGAGCACCCCUACUCAAGGUUAUAUAUUUUGAUGUAUAUUUUAUGUUUUGUGUCUGUAUGUAACAAGUCACUGUAUUAGGACUAUUGCAUAAAAUACUUAUUUGCAAUAAUUAGCCGUCUGCUCCCUCCCAGGCUUCUGCUGAGACUUGUGAUGAUAAUAGCACGUGGUACGGGCCUGACUAAUGCUAAUUCUAGAUACUGAGGGGAUAUGCAUCUGAUCUGGAUUAAACAUUCACUGUGCUAGGUUAACAAGACAGCACUGAGCGAAUGUAUCGGGUUUACAAUGUAUGAGUAAGAAUUUGUGAAAUUUGUAACUUACAUAAACAGGGAUUCAAGUUGACCUAUUCUACAACAUCCAAUUUACAUUAAAAAAAUCAACUACAUGUUACAUACAUUAUUCGGUAGAAAUUACGUUCAAUCUGCCUGAUCUAGAUCACACAAUUAGAAACAGCUGUGACUAUCGAAGUUCUCUUCUACAGUAAACUGCACAUUUUAGAGACAGGUGGCCAGGCCUGUACUUAAUAUUUCUGACCCCUGACUCUUCCUUAAAAUACUAUAUUUGUAUUAUAUCAUUGUAAAAAAAGAAUUAUUUUAGAAACUGUCUUUAAAUAUAAAAUAUUAACAGAAUAUCUGUUUUUCACCCUCACCUGCCUCAGCAGACAGUGUAUAUUCUGCGGGAUGGCCAGUAAUAUAGAUUAUGGCUUACAGCAGGAGUAAGACCUAUCUAGGUCACUAGAUGGCUGGUAACGGAUAACUUUGGCACUCCAGAUGUCUCAAUAUCACGUUUUCCAUAAUCCUCUCAAACAUCUGGGGUGUAAAGGUUAGCUAUCACUGGGUUAGGAUAAAGUGUUCUUAAAUUACAGUUACAUUUGUCUUUCUAAUAUUAUUGAAAUAAAUGUUUACAUAAAGUAGUAGUAAUUGUAUUUUUCUUGUUUUUGGUUUCUCAGAGGAGUGUGUUCCAAGGAGGUGGAAAAAAUCCCGAUUCUAUACAAUGAGACCUUCAUUCAGCCAGUAUACCAGCCCUAUUUGACUACCUGCCGGGGGAACCGAGCCUGCAGUACCUACAGGUAAAGAAAGGGGGCAGUGGCAGAUCAAUAGAAGUAAUUAGAAAACAGAUAAAGAGGAAAAAUCUUAAAGGGAACUGUCACUUAUUAUUUAAUAAAUGUAGGUUUGUAAAUUGUGAAAAAAUUACAUUAAAUGUACAAAUUCACAGUCUAUACUUACCUGGAUCUCAGUGCCUCAAUUAUUUAUUUUUAAUAGCUUUGUCCUUUUUUAUCUUGUAAAAAAAACACCAUUUGCACCCAUUAGUCAGCAAAGAGAUUUUUUCACAACUUCAACAGAAAGUAGUGCAUUGCUUAUAUAGACAAACAAUAAAGUGCAACACAGUGCUUAUUAGUGUCACUUCUAAAAAUCCAGAAAUACUUAUCUUAUAACGUGAUUAUUGUAGCUCCAUAUGUGAACCUUUGAAAUAUAAAUGACACACAAUAGUGUAAAAACUUUAUCAUACUGGGAGAGAUCCUAGUAUAAAUGGAACACUCACUAAACAGAACUUUUGCACGAUUGCUUUUUCACAACUGUACAUCUAAUAGCGUCAUGGAGGCUGAGAUGGUCUAUCACCCGGAGGGAACACAGUAAGUGGAGGAGGAGAAACAGCAAAGUAUAGUUUCUCCUCUUCGAACGCAACCUGGGCUUGAACUGGAAUGCAUCAUGAGUCAGUUACUAAAUGUUUUAUAUACAUUUAAAGGUAAACGGAUCUUCAGAUAAAAUAAUGGUUAACACAAGUUAAAGGGGAUAGCUAAUGUUUAAUUCACUGAUGGCAUUUGUAAAGAAGUGACUGUCCACUUUAAGAACUGGUUUUCCGAUUCAGAUUAAAGCCCAUUGACCUGUUUCUGAUGUUUUUUUCUUAUUACUGGAUCACAGAGAAGGGACUUAAUAAAAAUGUCCUAUUCCAUGGACCUUUCAAUACAUUUAUUUUUAACCUCCUACUGUCCAUGGAAGUUUCUUCCUUGAUGGACAUAAGCACCCGGCAGUGAAAACGUUCCCCUAAAUUGUUAGUGGUGAAGCCUACGCUUUAACCCCUUAAGGACCAAACUUCUGGAAUAAAAGGGAAUCAUGACAUGUCACACAUGUCAUGUGUCCUUAAGGGGUUAAUCAAAACAUGUUUCUGGCUUGUCCUUUCUCUGCUGUGUAAUAAGAGUGGUUGAGUAAAUUGAGUGUAAUCAGCAUGUGUUUAGCUGCCCACACUUUGCUGGACGGGUCUCUGCACAAUGAGUAGUUCUCUAAGGAUGUUACACAUUGUGUCAGUGUGCUGCAGUCAUUUAUAUUUCAUCUCUCCUCCCUUCAACUCAGGACGGUAUACUCAGUGUCCAUCCGGCAGGUUAAGAGAGAGGUAAUCCAAGUAAAGACUAUAUGCUGUGCAGGGUGGAAGAAAAAUGACCCGUCUUCAGACUCCUGUGACGAAGGUGAGAAAUACUCCAACUGGUGGGGAAAGAUUAAAGAUAGUCUUUACCUGGAAAAUAUGCUGUUCUAUAAAACCAACUUUUUUGCAGUUCACCACAAACUUGUGUUUUGUAAAAGUGAAUGUUGUGGUAAAAUAUGUGAAUCUUUAGAUAUGAAUUUCAGAGAGCCCCGAAAAAAUAUAUUGGAGAACCAUCCAUGGUCACAAUGGACACCCAGUUGGGUAGAAUGCUGGAAAGUCUACUUCUUCCCAACCUAGUCUCGAUGCUCAGUAUUGACCAGACAAGCAGAGGGUGAGGGUUCAGCACUGCUGGCAGCAGGAUUGGUACCAACAGAUAAUAAACUAGCUGUUUAUUACUAUUGAGGUUCCUUUCUCCCAGACAAUCCUAACUAUAGGGGGUGAACCAGUAAUUGUGCCUCAGUCCCGAAGGACCAACAAUUUCUGUUACUCUUGUGAAGCUAAACAGAUUUGUGUUUGGCACAGAUGGAUUAGCAACCCUGUUUGCUUUUGUUCUCAACAUUUUAAUGGUCUUGUUGCCUGGGCUAGAAUGUACCGUACCCUAAACUACAUGAAACUUCAUCUACUAACAUUUAAUAAAUAAACCAGCACUUUCAUCCUGUCUCAUUUGUUAUCGGAAAAAGCAGAUUGUGUCACCAGAUUGGUUAAUUUCAUGGAAGCAUUUAGAGCAACUCAGAACUUUUAGUUUACUCAGACAGAACGUUGUGUAAAAAGAAUCGCAGGAUGUUUACUAGUCUCUAAAUGCAAUCUUUCUUGCCCUUUCCACAUUAGCUCCACCACACCCUGUACUAUUAAUUCAAUCUGUCUUCAAUCACAUCUCUUAAUUCCAAUUUCCAGCCGUGUGUCGCAAGCCUUGUCAGAAUGGAGGUACCUGCAUUAAGCCUAACAUGUGCCGAUGCCGUGCUGGUUGGGGAGGGAGACAUUGCCAUGUGGGUAAGUUAGAUACUACUUUAUGGUUGUUAUUGGGUAACAAACCCAUAAUUUUCUGCCACAAAUAUACCAUCUAUCAGGUCUCUGUUAGCUUUCUCUUACCAUGCCAUACCAUCGCUGUGUUCCCUAAACAGAUUGGCAACUGUCACGGUUCUCUAAGCUAACAGUUCUACUUUUCUACCCUUUUGCAGAUAUUGACGAGUGCCGCCGUCCCACUGAAGUCUGUCCACAGAGGUGUAUUAAUACUCGGGGCAGUUUCCGUUGUGAAUGUCAUUCUGGAUUUACUCUUGAAGAGGAUGGAAAGUCUUGUAUGAAAACCAAGUCUCCUCCACCCAUCCCGGCGCAGCAAGCUGAAGGUAAGCGCAUAUGAAUGAAUAUGAGAUAAAGAAAUGUUGGUUCAUGGAAAUAUGUGGUCAGUGAGUGUUAACAGUAUUUAAUUGUGUGAUUCCAAUAAUUUGUUUUAAGAAUCCAAGGUAACACUAAAGUGUGUUUUCUUAUCAUAGUUACAUAGACAUCCACCUAAAGGCCUCUUGUGGCCCAGUUAUCAUUUAGUUCCCAGGAGGUGUGGGUUACAGGUUUCCUCAAGUGAAAUUUCAUAAAAUUAAGCCUCAGGUCAUUUGGCCUACAGUAUGUAUAUUCAAUUGUCCAAAUGUGAAACUUAAUGGAUCAUUUAGUAAAAUAGCACAGGGAGUCCAGUCAGUCAGUGUUAUUAUUUUUGUUUUGCCUGGCAAUUUAUUAUGCAUGGAACAGGAGUUUUCCUCAGUCAUAAGCAGGAAUAGACAAGAUUCAUUAAUCCAUAGUCUGGUUCUUCUCAACAAGUUCCAGGAUUUUAAAGAGUUACAGAGUAUUGACGCAGAAGAGGUAUCAGUGGAGCUGGGACGUGAUACAAAGUGAGUGCUAAAGAAAAACAACUGUUUUUUAACACGGUUCUUCUUAUCUGGUAUCAGAUAUGCUGGAAAAUAGCCAUUGGAAAAUCCUUUGAAUUUAUGGUUCCCAGUAAGGGAGCUAGACACUCGCAUAAGCCAUCUGGAAUCCAGUUACCAGAGAACAAGAUACCAGAGAAUAAAUCUGACAAGAGAGAUAAGGACAUAGUAGAGUUAGACUGAAUGCAGAACAACAACAAUUCUACUGAGAAAUAAUUUCAAAGAAAGCUAGACAGAACAACAGUAAAGAUUUCACGGACCCAAUAUACGUCACAUGGUGGAGGCAAGGUUUGCAACGAGGUUGGCACCAGGCCCAAAAAUAAUUCUCAACAUAUUCAGAAAACCCAGAAUGCAACUGUAUCUAAUCCUGUGAAGGACCCCUGUGAGCGGCAACUCUCCAACAGUCAGCAAAGGGUUCCAAGAUCAAGUAUUACUGUUUGUACUGCUUAGUAAUGCACAGAUGCAUCUAGAGGUGGUGAUCGAUCUUAAGUGUAGCAAUGGACUACUACUAUGUCUUCUUUUACUUUCUCACUAAAGUUAUACCCACCAUAGUGUGCUCUUCUCAUAGUGCUCAGGUAUUGACAAACUCUAUUGUGUCCAUCUGCUGAUGGUGUUGGAAGGACCUUUUUAGUCACUGCAAGACCCAACCAAGGCCUGUAAAUAGCAAUUCACAGUCUGUCUCUCUGGUGUGCUACUAAUACAGUUACAGCCAUGUGUGCAAUUUAUAUAUUGUGGUCUAUUAUUAAUAGACUCUUGUGAAUAUACAAGAAGGUAUAUCUAAGUGGGAUCUUCACUGGUCCUUCUGAAGCAGUGAUGACAGUGGAGCUUUGUACCGGAAAGCCUUCCUACAACAGUUUCCUGAAAUUGAGAAACAGUGACUGUGUCUUUGAAUGGAGCCUCUUAAUGUGCCCAGUCUGGCAUUUCCUGUACAGUCUGCUCUAAUUAACUCGUACACACCUGUUUCCAUAAUACACUGUGUGGCUGAGGCAAGUGGAUUCAGACACUACGAGUUCACAUGCCAAGUCGUCUGAGGGAGGAAUAAAAAGAUUUUAGGGUGAGACUAAAUGCGUAUAUGUACAUAGGCCCAGACAUCUGUAACACUGAUAGGGCCCACAACACGAUAAGAUUUACUGUGUGAUCAAAUGUCUAAAAUCAGUCACUGGAUUCAGCAGAUUCAAAUCAUGUUCCACAAAGGCUCUUCGUUAUAUUGAACUGAUAAGAAAUUAAUACAUGUAGGCCGAAAUUACAGAGUUGUUGUAAGAUGGAGAACUUUCCAUUUUGGCUUCGUUGUUGUGUUUUGUAAUUCUUUCUUCAAUCUGAUUUUUUUUUUCAGUCCCUCCAUUUUUCACAAUACAUUGAUUCUCAUAACUAGUUAUUAAUAUGUUUGUGAGUCUGACCUAAGGCAAGCUGAAUUGGUAAUAUCUUUAUUAUUUAUAUAGCUGAUUUUUUAUUUAGCCCAAUAUAGCUGUGAUUGCAAGUUCAUUUAUGGGCAAAUCACCACUGGAAAAUAUGAUCUUAGUAUUAAUUCUUUAGAAAUAUUUAGGGUGAGUGCUCUAACCUGACUCUGUAUUAAAUAGCUUCCCCAAAAAAGUGAGGAAAAGAUCUAAGUCAAUACACUGUAGCUGCUACAUUGAUUAGUGUUCUGUAUCUGUGCAAUAUACAUAAUGACAUAAACGGUUUUGAUGUACUCCUAACAGUUUUCUCAGUUACCAACAAUAUUGCACAAUGACUCUUGAAAUUAUUAGCACGCUGAUAGUAAAAAUGGAAAAGAUACCGCUAGUUAAAGUAAAGUACACGUGCAAACAUCUCAGCAGCAAGUUUCAUUCCCAGCAGGAUCAACAUCUACAUACCAGGAUAAAUGUAAACAUUAUUGAAAGGAAAAUGUAUUUUUUUUGGUUAAGGACUGGCACUAAUUACAAUAUCUAUUCAAUACCAUCAUGCUACUUAACAAAAACAAAUGUUUUGAUGACACCAUACUUAUUAUUAAUAAUUAAAGUACAGUAUGCACUGUAACUCUGUAAGGGCAGCCAAUGAUAGGCUGAGAGUGUCAGGAGCAGAAGAAUAUGAAGAGGCGGUCCAGCAGUCAGAGGCUGGUGACCCAAUAGUGAGAUUAAACUGAUCUGAAAUGAUCAGAAAUGAUUUACCCCUGUUUUGGUGUAUAGAUCAUGGCCCUGCAGUCUCAUUGCUCAAUUCUCUGCCAUUUAGGAGUCAAAUCCCUUUGUUUACACAGACCUAGUCACACCUCCCUGCAUGUGACUUGCACAGCCUUCCUAAACACUUUCUGAAAAGGAACCUAGAUAUUUUAAGUUUCUUUGUUGCAUAGUCUGUUUAAUCUAGAAUUUUUGAUUCUUCGUUCUCAGUGCCCAAUUCUCUGCCAUUUAGGAGUUAAAUCAUUUUUUUUUAUGCAGCCCCAGUCACACCUCCCUGUAUGUGACUUACACAGCCUUCCUAAACACUUCCUGUAAAGUGAGAGCUGAUGGUUAUAUGUCCUUUAUUGCACCCUCGGUUUAAUGUAGAAUUUCCUCUCUUCUGCUCUGUUAAUAGCAUGCUAGACCCUGCAGGAGCCUCAUUUGUGUGAUUAAAGUUCAAUUUCCAGAGCAGGAGAUACAACUUCUCAAGUAAGUUAAGGAGAGGUGUGACUAUUGAUAAAUAAACAGAAACAGAAGUGAUUUAACUCCUCAAUGGCAGAGAACUGAGCAGUGAGAUUGCAGGGGCAUGAUCUAUACAACAAAAAUGCUUCAUUAAAUAAAAAAAUAAAAAAUGUUUAUGCCUAUUGUAUCCUUUUAAGGUAAAACAGCACCCAGGGGCAUUAAAAUGAAGUUGUUUUGAUGGAAGGAAAGUCCCUUGUUUGAAGAAACAAAGUUUAUUAAUUUAAUUUGUUGCCUCAAUGUGCCUUCCAGAUGCUUCACAGAGACUUUCGAAUGAAAUACAGGACCUGCGCAGUCUCGUAACUUCCCUAGAGCAGGUGAGAGCUGUAUGAUAAGACGUUUCAUGACAUGAUAUGACUCCACGCCGGACUGUACUCCCCUGGCUCAGUGUCUGCUCACAAUGUCGUUGGCUAGUAGUUUGUUGAUGUGCGUCAGUUGUAUCAGCCUUGUGUAAUCUGUUACUUUUCACACUCUUUGUCAGAGGUUAGACAGUACCAUGUCAGCAGUACAGAGACUCUUCCCUGUUAAACUGUCAGAAAUCCGACCAGACCAGGUUCAGGAAUUCUGGGAAAGAAUCCGCAGUUUGGAUCAGGUGGAAUCGCUGAGUGAUCAGCUCAUGUUCAUGGAAGAGAAAAUGGGGGAGUGUAAGUUACUUAAAUAGCGGUGAAACUAUUCAAACUCUUUUUCCUGUCCACGGCAUACCUUCAUAUAACUUCUCUUAAUCCAAUUAUAUAUCUGUCACCUGAUUCACUCAACUUCAGCUUCCUGCUUCAGUCCAGAGAUUAGCAUUCCAAUGUCUCCAAAUAACUUUUCCUGUUUAACUCGACACUUUGAUCUUACGAUCUUUCCCUUUCCUUAUCACUCGUUCCAUCAAGUCUCUGCUCGCAAUCUGUUUGAAUCCCCCUCUUGGACGAUAUAAAAUAAAAUACUCGUUUCUAUUAUUCAGUGUCAACUAUCCAUCCAAAAUCCAUUCCCCACAACCAUUACUUUCCUAUGACUCUACCUUAAUUUCCAUUCUUCCCCGAUUUUCGUCACUUUCUACAAUGACUUUCUGUUCUCUCCUCAGGCUCCUGCCGCAGUAAUGAGGUCGAAAUGGCUGUAAAUCUGAAGCGUUAAUCUAUAUUCGAGCUCCCCUUAUUAUUUAUAUCCCGUUCCCCAUAAUCCACAUAUUUAUGCCCUGCUGUUCCUUAUUUAUAACCCAGGUCCUUCCUAUAAUACAACAAAUGUCAAUAAAUUUUAUUUCUACAGAAUACCGCCUGCGUUUCUCUCUUGCACAGGAAACCUCGCUCUGUCUUUUCUCCAUCUAGAUUUAAUGCAUGUAGUGCAUUUCAACCCUCUGUUUAAUUUUUUAACUAGUUUUCAAUCUUUUUCCUGGAUUUGUAGUUUUCUGCUUUCACUCUUUUCCUGGAUAUAUGUUUUUUUGUUUGUUUUUCUGACCUCCUUUCCUUUAGUUUUUAUUUCUGCUUUGUCUAUAUCCCACUUCCUCUAAGAAAAAAAAUACUUUGUUGAUAAUGUAAAAAAAAAAAAAAAAAAAUGAAACACCAUUUAUUUAAACAUGAGAUGCAUAGCUUGGACAAUAUAGAAUAAACAACGACCAACGACUUUAUGACACUUGUACCUGGA